AUGUCUGUGAUUAGGCCCUUUCGCGCGACCGAUCAGUUCAAGUUCAACAGUGUGAACCUUGAUAUCUGGACGGAAACCUAUGGGAUCCCGUUCUACCUCUCGUACCUCGCGCGUUGGCCAGACAUGUGCUCCGUACAGGAGACUUCGGACGGCAAGAUGAUGGGUUAUGUCAUCGGCAAGGCAGAAGGUCUGGGUCAGGAAUGGCACGGACACGUUACGGCGAUCACCGUCGCACCCGAAUACCGCCGCCUGGGCCUCGCCAAUGGGAUGAUGAAGUUCCUCGAGCGCGUCUCUGACGAUGUAUAUCACGGUUACUUCGUCGACCUAUACGUGCGAUGUGAGAACCUGGUUGCGAUAGCGAUGUAUGAAGGGUUCGGGUACAGCGUCUAUAGGCGAGUGAAGGAGUACUAUGGCAGUUUGGGACGAGGCGCAGGAGGGGCAGACGAGGAGGAUGCGUUUGACAUGCGGAAACCAUUAUCAAGAGAUCCUGGCCGCCGGUCUGUACGACCAAAUGGCAGAUCCAUGCUCGUCAGUCGACACGAGGUUUCAUGA